AUGUUCAUCGUUAACUGGUUCUUCGACAUUCUUGCUCAACUUGGUUUGAUGCACAAGAAUGCCAAAAUUCUUUUCCUUGGGUUGGAUAACGCCGGAAAAACGACUUUGUUACACAUGCUGAAAAACGACCGACUUGCUACCCUCCAACCUACGUUGCACCCGACAUCUGAGGAGCUCGCCAUUGGAAACGUCAAGUUCACCACCCAUGAUCUAGGUGGGCAUAUGCAAGCUCGUCGGCUCUGGCGCGACUACUUCCCAGAAGUGGACGGCAUCAUCUUCCUCGUCGACAGUGCCGAUUUCGAACGUUUCUCAGAGGCCAAGGCUGAACUUGAUGCCCUCCUUUCUAUUGAAGAGCUCGCCAAGGUUCCUUUCCUCGUUCUCGGCAAUAAGAUUGACGCCCCUGGCGCCGUCAGUGAAGAAGAGUUGAGGCAUCACCUAGGACUAUAUCAAACAACGGGCAAGGGCAAGGUUCCUCUUACUGAUAUUAGGCCUGUGGAACUGUUCAUGUGUUCGGUUGUCCAGAGGCAGGGCUACGGAGAAGGUUUCCGAUGGAUUUCGCAAUAUGUGAGUCUUUAUGAGUACAGUUUUCUGCGCUCCGUUCGUCUCACUUUUUUUUCUUGCCGUAUAGAUUUGAGGGCGGGAAAAUAUGUUGCUCUUCGGUUAGAUUUUUUGUACCUUUGUUUACCGGAACCUUCGUAA